AUGGCCGAAAAACGGAAGCUUCUAAACGAAAUCGACAAAUGCUUCAAAAAGGAUGAUCUCAAGAAAGAGAUUAAAAAACUGCAAAGGUUGAGAGACCAAAUCAAAGGAUGGCAGAAUUCAUCAGAUAUCAAGGACAAAGACAGAUUGACACACUACCGUAAAUUGAUAGAGCAAAGGAUGGAGCAGUUCAAGGAUAUCGAACGAGAAAACAAAACAAAACCACACAGUAAACAAGGGCUGUCGGCCGAAGAGAAACUGGAUCCCCGCGAGAAAGAGAAAGCAGAUACCGUUGAAUGGUUGCAGUGUCAAAUUCGGUUCCUGGAAGACGAAUCUGAUAAAACCGAAUCACAGAUCGAAUCAAUUUCGACGACCGAACAGACAAGGAAGAAAGGGAAACGUGACGAUCCAAAAAAAGGCGAAAAAGAGAAAUUGAAAAAGUUGGAAGAUCUGCGUAAGCAUUUGGAACGGAUGAAAUUCCACGCUUCGAAAUUGGAGAUCUGCAUGAGACUUGUGAAUAAUGAGACACUGGAGAGUAAGAAGGUGAUGGAAACAUUGAAAGAGCAAUUCGAACUGUACAUUGAUGCGUUGGAUCCUGACAGUGAGAACGAUGCGGAAUCUUUCGACCCUGAAGCAUCAGGUGUAUACGACGAAUUAGAUCUGCAAUCGUAUACUCCGCAGUUGGGUGGUGCAAUAUUUGGAGCUAACGAAAUGGACGAGAAGGUUGAUAAUAAUGGCGAUAGUAAGAGUUCAUCGAGUGUCUCACCUACACCGGUUUUACCGAAGGAAUUGGAAGAUAAUAGCACAAAACAGAGGCAUUUGAGUGGAGAGGCAACAGUGACAUUAUCAAGACAGAUCUCGUCGACAAGGAGUACUCCAGCAACACCUCUUAAAUUGACAAAUCAGGUAAGUGUCGAGGGAUCUUCGCUGAAUUCACCUCCUCCACCUGCAACCCCGCCACCUCCUCCUGGCAUACCGUAUAGUGUAGCUGCUGGUCUCGGAACAAAAUCUGGCAAAGGUGCCGUCAUUCAAACGCUAGUGAAGCAACCGGUUGAUGUUGUACGACAGCCGUCAGGCGUGAUCUCAGUUACGACCACGACAACGACGACUGCCUCGGUGGCCCAACAGUCUGCAGCAGCACAGCAACAGCAGUCAGCACCUCAACAGAUCACUGCGAAUGACAACGAUAGCACAACCUCCACCCCUCUGCACAUCGAUAUGCCUCCUCCGCUUUCAUCGCAGCCGGCAGCGUUAAGUCCCGUAAUUGUACCAGCAUCGGGUUCAUCCACUCCAGAGUCCAACUUGGUUAAGCGUUUCUCAGCAUCAAGUUCAACGAGUAGUCAACAAGAGAACUGGCAGGUGAUGCCAAUGAAAGGAGUGGCGAUGUCGUCGUCAUCGACUCAAGGUGGUGGUGCACCGGCAGAUGUCGUGCCGUCAUCUGCACUCAGUCUCACUUCGUCGUCAGCAAUCGGUUCGCGUGCCCAACUUCUGGCUGCAAAAGCGCUGAAGAAACUUUCAUGGCGAUUUCAUACGAAAUAUUUGAUGUGGUUCCAACGCCAUGAAGAGCCAAAACAAAUUACCGAUGAUUACGAGCAGGGCACAUAUGUGUAUUUUGAUUUUGAGAAAUGGUCACAGCGUAAGAAGGAGCAGUUCACAUUCGAGUAUCGAUAUUUGGAAGAUAAGGAUUUUGACUGA